CCCGCGCAUUCACAACCGGUUCAGACCGGCCAGGGUGCCCCGCAAAGAAGAGAGGAGUGUGUGAAGGCGGGGAGGGGGGAACACAAGGAAUAACUUCCCGGGGAGGAGGAGAAAGAGAAGGUGGAGCCCAGAGGAGGGGUCUGGCUCCCUCCCUCCAUGUGGCCGACAGUUCCGAGGACCUCGGCGCGGGCAGAGGGUGGUGGCUACCGCGGCCGCGUGUAGCGGGACCGAUUGCCUAAUACUCCCCUAGGGGCCAGGGCCGGGGCUGGGGCCGGGAUAAAUAGCCGCCCCGCAGGCCUGGACCUACGGGGGACGGCGGCGGCCAAGGUCUCCACUGAACUACCUGCCCGGCCCACCCGGCAACGUGUCCUGUGCUGCGCCCCAGAGUCUGGCACACAGACCCUCAGAGAAGCGUCUUGAUCUCCUCGCCAUGGAAAUUAAGAAGUCACCUGAUGGCGGAUGGGGCUGGGUGAUUGUGGUUGUCUCCUUCUUCACUCAGUUUCUGUGUUACGGAUCCCCGGUAGCAGUUGGGGUCUUGUACAUAGAAUGGCUGGAUGCCUUUGGUGAAGGAAAAGGAAAAACAGCCUGGGUUGGGUCCCUCGCAAGUGGAGUUGGAUUGCUUGCAAGUCCCAUCUGCAGCCUCUGUGUAUCGUCUUUCGGAGCCAGAGCCGUGACGAUCUUCAGUGGCUUCAUGGUGGCUGGAGGCCUCAUGUUGAGCAGCUGUGCCCCUAAUAUCUACUUUCUGUUUUUUUCCUAUGGCAUCAUUGUAGGUCUCGGAUGUGGUUUAUUGUACACCGCAACAGUGACCAUCACAUGCCAGUAUUUUGACAGCCGCCGAGGCCUUGCACUUGGCCUCAUUUCAACAGGUUCAAGCGUUGGACUUUUUAUAUACGCUGCUCUACAGAGGUUGCUGAUUGAGUCCUAUGGACUGGAUGGGUGCCUGCUGAUUGUGGGCGCUUUAGCUUUAAAUAUAUUAGCCUGUGGCUGUCUGAUGAGACCCCUCCAGUCCUCUGAUUGCCCUUUGCCUGAAAAAACAGCUGUAGAAAAUGUACCAGAUAGAUGCUCCACUUACAGUGAAAAAGAAAAGAACCUAGAAGAGAGCAUAAGCAUUCUUGAAAAGAGCUGCAGUAGUGAGGAGACAGGCAAGGGCCCUUUAGCCAACGGUAACUGGACACAGGAAAGCCGGCUUCACAAAAACCCAACAACAAUGGCACACCGCACGAGAGAGGCUGAGCCGUACAAAAAGAAGGUUGCAGAACAGACAUAUUUUUGCAAACAGCUUGCCAAGAGGAAGUGGCAGUUAUAUAAAAACUACUGUGGAGAAACUGUGGCUCUUUUUAAAAACAAAGUAUUCUCAGCCCUCUUCAUCGCUAUCUUUCUUUUUGACAUCGGAGGGUUUCCACCUUCGUUACUUAUGGAAGAUGUAGCAAGAAGUUCAAAUGUGAAAGAAGAAGAGUUUAUUGUGCCUCUGAUUUCCAUCAUUGGCAUCAUGACAGCCGUCGGUAAACUCCUUCUGGGGAUACUGGCUGACUUCAAGUGGAUUAACACCUUGUAUCUUUACAUAGCCACCUUGAUAGUCAUGGGCCUGGCCUUGUGUGCUAUUCCAUUCGCCAAAACUUAUGUCACCUUGGCAAUACUUUCUGGGAUCCUAGGGUUUCUUACUGGUAAUUGGUCCAUUUUCCCCUAUGUGACCACGAAGACUGUGGGAAUUGAAAAAUUAGCCCAUGCCUACGGGAUACUAAUGUUCUUUGCUGGACUUGGAAAUAGCCUUGGACCACCAAUUGUUGGUUGGUUUUAUGACUGGACCCAGACCUAUGACAUUGCGUUUUAUUUUAGUGGCUUCUGCGUCCUGCUGGGAGGUUUCAUUCUGCUGCUGGCGUCCUUGCCCCCCUGGGAAGCAUGCAACAGGCAACUCCCCAAGCCGGCUCCAGCAGCCUUUCUGUACAAAGUUGCCUCGCAUGUUUAGAGGAACUUUGGAAGGCAGUGCAAGACUGUUUUUCAUAGUGAAAUUUCACUGUGGCUGGUUCUGAAUGAAUUUAAAAAACAAAAGCAUAUCCUAUUCUCUACAUAGCCUCUAUCUCCUGCAUUUUUUUUUCUUUUUUCUUUUCCCAACAAAUGGGACUAUUUUGUUUUGCUGUUAUUCAUGAGUUCUUGACAUGGUAAAAAUUUUGGCCAGCCUCAGAGAACCUCCUCUGUGUAAAGAAAUAAUUUCUCUGAAGGCUUCAUUAGUUUCAUUGCAAGGCACCGCAAGGGGACUCCUGUUUCAAAACUGCAGGCGGCGUGAUGAGUUACGUGUGUUGGCCAUUAGGGAUGAGCACUCUCUUCUCUAAGUUAGACCAGCUAGGAAAUAGAAGACGUUAAGCCAGUCAAAAAAUUGAAGUACUUACUAAAACGGCCCUAAGAAUUGCUGUGGAGCAAACUGAUCGUUAAAAAAGAAAGAGCUGUUUUAAAUUACAGUCACUGGUUUCAUCAUCCUAUUUCACUGACCUUGGUGAAGCAGCUACAGGUUCGUUGCUCGUGGAGCAUUAUGCAUUUGCUGAGAUGCAGGCGAUCUCCAAACAGAGGGGGAGUCGCUGCUGCCUUUCUUCAUGGUUGGCCGCUAUAACCUCACUUACUUUUGUCUGUCAGCAUCUAUUUAAGCUGAUGUUCCCCAGGAAGUGCUGAUUUUACCUGUUUCCAAAUUGGAAAUGCAUAUUUAAACCAUUCCAUUCUGGCAAAUGGGAAACAUCCAUUUGCUUCGGGCACAGUGGGGACGAAUUGCAAGUCUUGCCUCUCUUCUCCAUCUAUCUGCUACUGUCACAUUUUACCACUACCACAUUUUAAUUCAAGGGCAGAACUACGAAGUGCGUGUGUACAUGUGUGUGUGUGUGUGUGUGCAUGUGCAUGUGUGAAAGAGAUGUUCUGAGCCUGUGGGACAUAGGAAGGGGAAAGGGCAAUAAGAAGUUGAUACCCUGACCCAACUUCAUUCAUUCUUAAGAAAAAAUGUUCUAGGAAAAAAAAAUCAAUGUUUAAUAAAUUAACAUUUUUCUAAAGAAAUGUUUUAAAAGCUUUUGUAUGCAUCAGAAUCCUCUAGAGAUUCUUUUAAAAACAUACCACUCUUAGAAACUUUAACUCUGUAGUUCUAGACUGUGGCCAAAGAUCUAUAUUUUUUAAGGAUUCUUAAAGAGAUUCUGAUAACACAGCCUGCGUUGAGACUGUUACAAAACUGGCACAUUUGUUCCCAUAAUUAAAAAACAAACAGGAAGCCACUGAGGUGAUGGGUUUUUAUAGAUAGGCAGGUGUGGUUUUUUUAAAUAAGAGGCACUCUUUCCAUUGUGCCCAAAUUAUUUUUUCAUUUUUGAAAUAUGUAAGAUUAUUUCAUACUUCUACGUUGCCUUUCUUCUAAGGCACCUGAAGCACUUUAUGAAAACAAAUCCCCUCAACUCCUCGUGGAGGUGGGCAAACAGUGCUUUUCUAUGCAGUAAAACCUGGAGUAGGGGCAGUUUCGGAACGGAGUCCAUGAUACUCGACAAGGAAACAACAGGGCUCCUCAGUGCCUUGGACUUCUGCUCUCUGCUCAGACUUCGGGAAAGUGUUCCGUACCUCAUUUUUUAGUCACUGUCAAAGGUGGUAGAUAAAGUUAGUGACAUUAAACAAGUAAAACUACAUGUUUCUUGUGUUGGAAGUUCCUUUUGCCAAUAUUCUAUGCAGAAAGUCCAAUAACCUGAUAAAGUUUAACUGCUAUGAAUUCCCCAUGUCCACCAAUGUUGAUAAUUGUUCAAAUGCAUCUGUGUGUAUUAAAGUCAUUCGAUGUGUGCAUUAUCCAUCGUCUGGGGGAUGA